AUGACCUCCGAUAAACAAAACAAUGGCCAUCUCGCCAAACCAUUCACGCCCACCCUCUCGGCAGCCUUUCACCGCACCAGCAAGUCUCCUCUGACCCCGAAACUAGCCAGUCCGAGCCCCGGUCAUCCUGUAGCUCGUCGUCUCGCACAUCCCGACCACCCCUAUUCCACCCCCACCAAGGACGAUAUCUCCUCGGUCCCUCCGUCCUUUCUGAGCGCAAACGUCACCCCUCGAUCGGGUUCACGCACCACCCGCCGCGAUGCUGCUUUCCCCUCCCCGACGAAUACCACCUCUGCCCACUCUCCACCGGCUCCCUACUCUCAAGCCACGGUCGGCCUGGGUGUCAAUGGCGUGCGGAGGACGGAGCGGAGUCCAGCUCGCGGGGUGAAGCUCGAGCAGCCAAGGAGUCUGAGAGCAAAGACAUUGACGGCAGAAGGCCAGCAAGUGUCACGCCCUAAUUCCUUUACCGAUCUCGCAUCCAACUCCCCAAUGUUCUUCCACGCCUCCGAUGCCCGCUCAACCACCUCCUCGGAGGUAGAAGCACCGCCUCGCCAGAAGCAGGCCAAGAUGUCCCCGGCUUCGAGCUUCGUCUACGCCAACGGGGACCAAGAACGGCAAGCUUCAACAGAAGACUUUCACUCGACAAUCUCCAGUGUCAAGCGCCGCUCUGGCGGUCUCCCUCGCCCUGCUGCACCAUCCAGACCCGCUGCUUCUCCUUCUCCUCGUCUCAAAUCCCCUCGAAUUUCCGAUGCCACCUCUACUCCUUCCGACGAUACAACUUCUCUACAUGGUACAAACCCUGAUAUGGCACUGGUGGAGAGCAUAAUGCAACGUUAUAGCUCGUCCCCGAGCGUCGUCUCCGAAAGACCGCAACCUCCUUCACUCCGACAACAUAGAAAAUCAUCGAGCGUGGACUCGAACAGUCAGAUUCUCACUCCUCCCGAAGGUCUUCGAGCGAGCCCAGUCAUUAUUUCUAAUACGUUGGGUGCCGAUGGAAUCACACCGGUCAUGUCCGAUCAAAUCCCAACACUACGUCCACGAGUCUUCAGCAAUGGCUCUUCCGUUUCGACCGGGCCCCAAAUCACCAUGCCCCUGAGCCCCGGAAAGUCUGACGGUCCUAGCGAUAUGGCACUGAAUGCGCGGACAGAACGGAAAAUUAUGGAUUUGGAAAUUAGCAAUUCUUCGCUUUUGGCCAUCAAUCGGACAUUGGAACGAGAGAUGCGAAAACAAAACGCAGAAUUACGGAGAUAUCGCCGACUCAGCCGCUCCGGGCGUCUCUCUAUGGCCCCUUCGACACGUUCGUUCUCCGGUGCCGCACUAUCUACGACUAGUGAACUAGAUGAAGAGAAUAGCGAGUUUUCGUCAAAUCGAUCCCAAGAUGAAUUAUACGAUUCCAGUGAUGAGGACUCAGUUGACGACGAAGGUGUCCUAAGCCCUGAUUCCCUCGCAGAGCACGAUGCUAAGCACCGCGCUCAUGACGAGAAGAAGUUCAUGCUUGAUCUCGCCCGGCACCAGGAGCUCUUGGUUGACAGCCAGAAACUGAACCAGAGCUUGAAACGGUGCCUCGACUGGACAGAAGAGCUGAUCAAAGAAGGCCGAAAAGCUCUUGAAUAUAAUGUCCGUGUCCAGGAUGUCGAGCUGGGUGGGCGAGUCUUGUCUCCCGAAGAGCUAGGUGAUGUUGGCGAGAGCGGGCGAGGUUUACUCAGUCCUUCCUCCGAAUAUGCGUCCAUUUUCCACCCCAAUACCUCAACAUUUGACGACUCAUUCUUCGACCCAGCAGCACUCCCCUUACCCUCGUCCCCCGGUGGGACUGACUAG